AGCGGCCGGCAGGCCGCGGGCCCAAAGCCGUCAGUCCGGCCGCCUCGGGGCCCGGAGGGCGCGGCGUUGUCUUCUGGUUGGCGCGGGCAUGGAGGAGGUGGCCUGAGGCCGGAGCCAAGCUGGGCUAGAGUGCGCGGCUCCAGCGUAACUGUGUGCGAUCGAGAAGUCGGCGACGAUCGGGACCCCAGUGAGAUGGGCCUGCUCACCACCUAAAAAGCCCCUUUCAUGGUCUGACCAACCAGCAACAUGGCAACGAGUGCAGUCCCCAGCGACAACCUCCCCACGUACAAGCUGGUGGUGGUGGGAGAUGGGGGUGUGGGCAAGAGCGCCCUCACCAUCCAGUUUUUCCAGAAGAUCUUUGUGCCUGACUACGACCCCACCAUCGAAGACUCCUACCUGAAACAUACAGAGAUUGACAAUCAGUGGGCCAUCUUAGACGUUCUGGACACGGCUGGACAGGAGGAGUUCAGCGCCAUGCGGGAGCAGUACAUGCGCACAGGGGACGGCUUCCUCAUCGUCUUCUCGGUCACGGACAAGGCCAGCUUCGAGCACGUGGACCGCUUCCACCAGCUCAUCCUGCGCGUCAAGGACAGGGAGUCAUUCCCGAUGAUCCUCGUGGCCAACAAGGUUGAUCUGAUGCAUUUGAGGAAAAUCACCAGGGAGCAAGGAAAAGAAAUGGCGACCAAACACAAUAUUCCGUACAUAGAAACCAGUGCCAAGGACCCACCUCUCAACGUCGACAAAGCCUUCCACGACCUGGUUAGAGUAAUUAGGCAGCAGAUUCCGGAAAAAAGCCAGAAGAAGAAGAAGAAAACCAAAUGGCGGGGAGACCGGGCCACGGGCACCCACAAACUGCAGUGUGUGAUAUUGUGAUGGCCCGAGGCCCUGGGCACAGUGACCGGGAACUGGCCAGCCCUCGGGACCCUCCACUGCCUAACUGCAUCGAAGACCAUUCUAACCAUGACCCUUGGCCCGAGGACUUGCACAGGAAGGGAGAGAGGGAGGGUGGGCAGGGAUGAGGUAGAGUCUGGCUUUCCUGGAGGGGCACAGGUGGCCCGGUGUCUCACCAGAGACGAGGAGGCAGCGGUGAGCAAAGCAGCCUCCGAGCCCCUGUGUUGACGCAGUCCGGUCCCUUCCUCUCUCGGUGGCUAUGUUGUUUCUCUGAACUCCAUAGUGUGGGUUUGAUGUGGGAGGGUUUCUCCACGUACAAAAACAAGCCAUGAUCAAGCUCCCCCCAACCCCACCCCUAGUCCACAGUGUCUGAGCCUGGGUGUCUUUUGUAGAUUUUUAAAUUAUUUUAGGGACUAUUAUUUUAUUAAAGGGGUCUGUACCCACUGCCUGCUGAAGUUUCAAGUCUUCAGCAGACCUCUCCGAUAUCAUGUCUGGAAUAUUGUGGGUUUCUUUUUAACUGAAUUUUCCCGGCCGUGCCAAAACUCAACUCCUUAUGAAAGGAGAGUGACCGAGAGACUGGGAAGUUCACAGGGACCCUGGCUGGAGGUUCAAGAGAAACAGACCCCACUCACAGCCUGUAAACUGGAGAGAAGAGAGAUGUGUUUACCCAGAAGGCUUUACUGUGGUUCAGGAUACAGAUAUUAUGAAACAAAAUUUUAUUUUGCUGAGGAGAGGGGCUGGCACAUCAGUUUUUAAAGGGCUUCGCCUUAACCUGGAGAUGUAUAAAUUAAGCAAGCUGACUGGCAUUGUGAAAGUGUUCGUUUCUUUUUCACGUGUUGUGGGUUAAGUUCUGUGUUCUUUGCAGCAGCUGUGAGAGAGCAUUCUCCCGUCACCUGCGCUGUCUGGUGCCUCUGAUACAUACAAACACACUGAGCAGGUGUGAAUGGUCUCCACGCUGAAGUCGUCUAACAUGGACUCCAUCUGGAAAAUUCUAGUUUGUGCUAAGUCUUCACCAAAAAUGAUCCAAUACUGUUCUUACUAAAAUAGCACUAAGACCUGAAGCCAUUUUCCCUUUGAGUCAACUGACUCACUUCUUCAGUCCAAUAAAUGAGCAAACACCCCUUGAAGUAUUUGCAAACUUAGUGUUACAGGUUGCCUUUCUGGCACAAGCUUUUAUUAACCUCUUGGAUCUUUACUAUAAUUGGAAGAGAAAGAAAGGUUGGGGUGGUGACAUGGCUCCCCUACACCUGUUUCUACAAGGGGCCAGCCCCC